AUGACAAUGAGCGGACUCGGCCAACACAGGGUGUGGACUUGCAGCCUAGUGGAGACCAAGACCAUCCACCUGCAUCUGAAGCGGUUGUUAUACUGUGGCCCAAUCGGAAAGGCAUUGUCCACAUGUCAUCGAAGAAGUGGUGCAUUCCACACUCACAAAGUAAAAAUCCACAAGGGCUUGGGUAUUAAACAGGUCAUCGAUGGAUUCAAACCUCAUACUCUCCCAUCCUUGCUCAAUAUGUUGUCUAAUUUCUUGCACGCUGUCUUAAAUCUAGCGAACUACGACUCACCGAGUCCCAUGGGCUUGGGUAAAAACAGGUUAUCUCUGGACUCGAACCUGACACUCUCUCAUCCGUGCUCGAUACGUCGUCUGAAUCCUCAGGUAUCUCCUGAAGUCGGAAUAGUCCCACCUAAACUCUAUGACGUCGAAGUUGUCCAGUUUUGGCGAGGCGAGGAAGAGCCGCUACGGCCCUAUCCCCUCCACUGGGCGAUCUACGUCGAAACAAGAAACCGAAAAAACUACGCCAUCGACAUCAGACUCAGCCAGCCUCUCGAAAACUCGGAGGACUUGCGUGGAAGUUAUUCCGUUGGAAGCGUGAGCUGGGCGGAGCUCGCCGAAAUGGAGACAAUCCUCCUAAGAGUUGACAUCAUACACGAUGUUCCCUGGUGGAACGGCCAAGAUUGGGUGGAUGACGCUCUCAGGUAUCUCAAGUGUUGGGGUUUUUCUGGCAUCAUCGAGGAAACGAAGUUGGCGUGGCUACAAGACAAGAUGUGUUGGCUUCUGGAAGGUUGUGACGGGAUUCAGAACGCGGUGGAAUUUGUCGGUGACUCGGGAGAUCUGGCAUGCCCCACUGGUGAAGUUGAGGAGGUGCAUCCCGUUCGCAUGAACGAUCACCUGUGA